AUGCCGUACAGUGAAAGUGUUAAAUUCAAAAAAUUAGUUAAGAGCUAUUUCACAGCUCGAAAAUCUUCAGUGGCAAAGAUUCAUCCGUUUAUCAAGUUUAUUACUUUAUUGAGGCAUCAGCUUAUCGAAGUUCCACUUCACAAAUCUUCGAUAAAAAAGGAUUAUAGAGAAUCAGGCUGUGAGAAUUAA